ACCCUAACUAUAGAAGAGAGAGAGCGAUUAGCAACUCUAAGAGAGUUUAGGGCGCGUAGUGAUAAGAAGAAGAUAAAGAAGAGAGUGCGCGUUAAGGCAGGUAAGCGGUCGCAAAGGCACUAUAAACGCUAUAGUAAGAUAGGACAUAACUCACGUAUAUGUAAGCAAGAUAUAGAAGAUGAUUUUAAGUAG